AUGUCCAAUAACACACUAAAAAAAUGGAUGGAAUAAUUUAAUGAUCUCUUAAGUGAUCUAUCCAAAAAACUUCAAAUCUCUUAUGAUAAUAGUGCAAAACAAUAACUAAAAACAGAGGAAGGGACAAGUAAUGAUUGGAUUAAAUAUUUGCCAUUAAAUUAACUUACUUUUGAUAAUCAAGAUGUUUAUAGAAUGAAAUACAUAAAUGAUAGAUUUGUUUUAAGCUAAUUCAUUUUCUAAUAAAGAUAUGAUGAAUAAGAAUAUUAAGUUAAAUUAUUGAAUAGUUUCUCAGAAACAGAAAUAUAGCAAGAAUAAUAUAGAAAUUCAAUUUUUGAGUUCUAAAUGAUUGAUAAUAAGGCUCUUCUUUUAAGUAAUAAUUCUUAUUUAAUCAAUAGUAAAAUAAUCAAUCAAGACAAAUAAUAAUCGAAAUGAUUAGUAAUCAGUACUUUUGAUCAAAGAAGUUUAUGCUGGAUUUAUUCAUGAUGAUAAGCUGUAUCUUUUCCUCAUAAAAAACAUCAACCUAUGUUAAUAGGCGGGAUUUCAUCCUCUAAAUUCUAAUUAUUUAGUUCUUCUAUAGGCAUCUCAAGAAUUGAAUAGAUAACAUACACAUUAGAAGUAUUAUAAUAUAUUAUAAAUUCUAGAGAAUAAUAUUUCUUAGUUUAUGAAAUAAAAGAUCUUAGACAACCAAUAGUAAGAAUAAAUUUGAAUUCUGCUAUGAAUGGAAAUGCAUUAGCCUUUUCUUUUGCUUCAAUAGAGGAUCCUAAUUCAUUCCUCAUAUAUUUUUUAAAUAAUUUAGGAAUCAUUUAUUAUUAUGAAUUAAUUUUACCAGAUAUGACUUUCAGAUUAUAAACUAGGAUGUAUUUAUAGGCAUCAAAAUAAGAAUUGGUUCAGUUUGUAAAAGAGAAAUCAGAAAAGGAAUUCAAAAUCAAUUAUAAUAUAACUACAUAGGAUGAUUAUCAAAAAGGAAAUAUCAAAUUUUAAUCAUUUUAAAAUAUAAAUUACUAAUUACCUAAAAGUAAUUAUGUUUUAUUUCAAAAAAUGGUUAUAGUUGAUUAUUAUUUAUUCUUUAUUAUUUCUAAACAAAAUAAUGAAGAUUUAAUUGUUUAAGUAGUGAUUGGAAAAGAUUUCUAAAGACUUUAUGAAAUAUAUUAAGAUGAAAUAAAAUUCUAAAAAUAAAUUGAGAAUGAUAUUUUAAUAUCACAUUCACGUAGAAAUGACUAACCAAAAAUUGUAUAUUCUAGUGAAAAUGUUACUUAUGUUGUUUAAAAUUAAUAUGAUUUACCUAAUAGACAUUAAUUACUAUUUUUGUAUCAUAAUUCAUUAAUUUCAAUUGAUUUUUCAAAUGUAGUUCAAUAUAAACAAGAUUAAUCUCCAAUAAAUGUUACUUGUAUUGAUUUAAUACCAUUUUUAUGCAAUGAUAAAAAAUAAUAAGAAUAAUUUAUCCUUUAAGUUUUAUGUUUGGAUCUAUAUAAAUCUAAAUAAUUGUUAUUAAGAACUGCAAAUAAAGAUUAAAAAUAAACAUUUCAAAUAAUACCACAAAAAUUACUAUUAGGUUUGACAGAAUCUAAUUAAGAAAUCAAUAAAAUUACCUUAGAUUUUUAUUAAGAAUAAAAUGUUUAUUUAAAUAAUAAAAAGAUUUUAUAAGAAUUCAAGUAAUAACUUACAGAUUUCAGUGAGAAGAAACUUCCAUCAUGCAAAACAGAAGAUGAUAUAAUAUCUAUUAAUUAGAAUCUAUCUAAUACGUUUCAAUAAUAAAUCAAAAAAGUAGCUGUAAAAAUCAAAUUAGAAUCUGAAAAUGUAUUAAAAUUUAUAAUUAACCUAGAUGGAGAAUGAAAUUAAAUUUAAAAAUAAUGCAGACCUAACUUAAUAAGAAGAAAGGAAUCUAUUUCUAUAAAAAAAGAUUUCAGAGAAAAAUGAAAAAAUAAAUUCUCUUCUUGAAAGAUUGUAAUCAAUACCUUCUGCAGUGAUAAGAUAAUAAUUAAUCAAUUAACAAUAAUAAUCUGAUUUAGAGUAAUUUCAAAUAUAAUUUGAUCAAAUUCAAGAAUAAAUCAGAUCAAAUAAACGAUAAUUGGAAGAUUAAAUCUAAGUAAGCAAUCGAACAAAAUAAGAAAUCGAAGCUAUAUAAUCAAAUCUGAUUUAGUAAAUAUUAUAAAAAAAAGAAUGA